AUGGCCGGAGCCAGGGAGGAGGGGAGGGGAGGGCAGGCCGAGGGGAGGGUCGCCCCGAAUCGUUCGGCCCUCGGUGUCCGGACCCCUUCUCAGCUCCCGCCGCCGCCGCCUCCUCCUCCUCCUCUUCCGCGGGGGGUCAUGGGCCUGCCUCCCUCGCCGCCGCCUCUGCUGCUGCCGCCGGUGCUGCCGCCCCAGCCUCCCUUGGUCCCUGCCUCCCUCCGGAGCUCGCAGCGGGAGAGAUCCGGUGCUAAUCCGCCACUUCCGGGCGGGCCCUUCUCUUCUUCGCUUGCCCCUCGGGAGCUCGACCGCGGAGAGAGCACCGCUUGGCCCUUUCGCCCUUCGGAGGGAAGUCCAGGCGGGGAGACCUUGAGCUCGGGGUCCGACUGUCCGGCGCCGCCCGAGGCCUUGCUCCUGUCCAGCGGUCCCUGCGCCAGGAGGGCCAGGAAAGCACAAACACCCGUGUCAGAGAGCAUUCUCACGUGCAGGAGGCCGAGGGGAUUUCAGGACAGGCCUCCUAGCCCCCUCCAGCUGGGCUGCAGCCCCUCUGCAGAAUUAAUCCGGUUUGAUACCGCCGUGGCUCAAUGCAAUGGCCUACUGGGAUUUAUAUUUUGGGACCAGACGCGGAGCCUUCUUGGGGAGAUGUCUGUCACAACAAGCGACAAGCCCCAGGUGCAAGAUCCCAAAUUAAAUACAAAUGUCGCCUCUUUGCUGAGGAAGGGCCAGUGGGACUGGACUGCUUGCAAGGCCUAUUUCAUCCUCCUUGGCUGA